AUGCGACUUCCUCCCCCCUCUGGCUUGAAAGUCAUAUCCCCUGCACCUGUUUACGAUGUAAAUAAGUUUCCGGACGAGAGGACUCAGACGCUGCGUGCUCUACUUGAGAAGGGCCAUGUUACCGUUGCUCCGCUACGCGAUCCAGAGUUGAUCCUUCAUAGUCACCUGCCGCACCUUCUAGGUUCUGCGUAUGCGCUAGGCGCGGAUAGCGAGCAGCUGAAAAGAUCUUAUGAGCAUGAGAUUACACAGCUUGUGCCGAUUGCUCGCGGUUUCAUUCGAGGCAAUGCGAUUUCCAAGGAAAAUUGGAGAGAUUUUCUUAACCACAAAGAGUAUACCGUUGCAUUCCAGGACUUUUUCGAUAACGAAGUAAAGAAGAAGCAAGGAGAUUGGGGCAAAGUUCUGGAAGAAUAUCUUUAUUCAGGUCCCAGCCCACUCGUCAACGGUUGUACCGGAGGCCUUGGCCAUCCAUUCAUCCACCUGGCCUAUGCGUAUGAAUUCCGCAGUAAGGAGGUAGCGACCCAAGCCUUGAGUCAAGGCUGUACAGAGUACAAUCCAAUUCAUCUUUUCCUGGAUCAGCCUUCGCCAGACACUUCGACGUACAAGACAAAUUCACUAGCGACAAUUUUUGAAAAAGUGCGCACAGAUUCCAGAUUGGACAAUUUGUUUGAAAGCCCUGGGUACAACAAUCUAGAAGUCUUGCAGGAAGCACGGAAUCUCGCCAUCAUGUUGGAGCACUGGAAUGCGUGGGAAGUGGCUGAUCCAUUGCAGCAAUUUGAGGAGUGCUGUGACCUCUCGGUCCUACUCUCCAUAAGCAAUGGCAACCCAGAUGUUUCCUUCGAUUUUUUCAACGCGCAUAUCAUGACUGUUGCGCAUGCACUGCGAGUCCUGUGGCAUUGCCUCCCCCCGCAGAGGCGCGUCCCAGUCCUGCGACAAUAUGCACUGUUUGGGAUCAUGACCUAUGUCUGCCAACUGCGUCCGAAAUUUGCCAUUGAGUGGAUUGAAGCUGUCAAAAUAGAUGGCCGGGAUUGGCAGUGGGUUAUUGACACUGCGUUGCCCGAUAAGUGGGCUUUGGAUGUCCACUUUUUCAAAGUUAUCCGAGCUCCGAAGGCCUUCGAGGAAACCUUUGGUCGUAAGGAUGACUUCUACCUGAAAGCUGCGAUCAAGUCAAGGCGUCUAGAGAGUUUUAAAAUUGUUGACAUUCAUUUGGACUCUUUCACUUCAGUGCUACAAGACGUUAAGGCCAGCGCCGACGAGAAAGGCACCGCGGAAGUAUUCCUCCUUUCCAUUGAGUGCCCGCGUAGUAGCAACAAUUUCGUGCUCUCGUUCCUGAAUGGCACACAGCUCCCGACCGAAAUGAACUGUGACAAAGCCGGUGGCUAUGGCGUGUCUAUACAAGAGUUUCGCCAAAUCACACUGGGGAUAGAUAACACCAUAAUCAAUGCCGUCUGCCUCUGGGAAGGUAUCGGUCGCGCUUUGGCCGCAAGUCUUAUCCGAGAUGGUCGCUUUGUGAUCGCAGUUGGUCGACGAAAGGAAAAUCUGGAUUCCUUUGUCCAAGAGCAGGGCACGGACAGGGCCGUAUCUUUCCAAUUUGAUAUCAGCCGGUUGGAUGAAAUCCCAAGCUUCGUGAAGAGUGUGACAUCGUCCCAUCCUGAUUUGGACUGCGUCUUCGUCAACUCGGGUAUCCAACGCCGCUCCGUUUUUAAUGAGCCAGAAAUGAUCUCUAUGAACGACAUCCAGGAUGAAAUGACGGUCAACUACAUUUCCUACGUUGCGAUGGCUAAAGAAUUUUUGCCUUUUUUCAUGGCUAAAGAGAACAUCCCAACAUCCCUUAUAUUCACCUCUUCAAAUCUUGCCCUUGUUCCCAUUCUCCGCUGCUCUAACUACUGUGCUUCCAAGGCUGCUCUUCACCAUUGGAUCUUGUGUCUGCGUGAACAGCUCAAGGGCACAAAUACCAAAGUCAUCGAGAUCUUUCCCCCAAUUGUACAAACCGAACUCCAUGAUGCAAAGCACCAGCCCGAUAUGGGGCACGCAGGGAAAAGUUUUGGCAUACCGACUAUGGAAAAGCUUCAUGCGGGGGAUGACCAGAUCGCCGUAGGGUUAUCUAAGAUUGCCUUUGAAAGCUGGGAACAGCAACGCCAACGAGCGUUCCACCAUGUGGUAGAGUUGAUGAAGAAUAGUGGGUUUUGA